AUGGACACUGGAGCCCUUGCACCGGCGCCGGUCACGGCCGCGGCGGCGGUCGCAGCACGAGGGGAAACCCUAGUCACUGUUGCCCCAUCUCGCGGGUUGGGACGCCUGGUCGUGGGCCGCACUAGUGUUGGGCCGGGAUUUGGGCCAUGGGCCUGGGCUGGCAGCUCCGCUUCUGGGCCCAGCCUUAGCUGCCGUCCUGGUGGGCCGGCCUGCCCGGCCAUCAGGCCUAUCUGGCUGCCUUCGGGCUUUCCUCGCCCCCCAUCCCAUUCCUCCUCUCGUGCCCUAACCCUCGCUCUCCCGACCCCCGCCGCCAACCCCUCGCUCCCUCCCCCGUCGCCGCCGGCCCCCAUGACCCGCGAGUGGCACGACGCGGGGACGCGCCCCAAGCGGCGCGCCGACGACCGCCGCCCUGAAUCCUCCCGUGCGGAGGAGAGGCGCGACUCCUUCCGCCCGUCCCCCGAUGCGAUGCGCCAUGAAUCCGAGCUCCGCCGGCAGCUGUCCUCCCGCGGCGACCGCCGGUCUCCCGCCUACGACGACCACCGGUCCCCCUCUCGCCGAUCUCCCCCUCGUGCGGACCGCCGUGGCCGCUCCCGCUCGCCUCCCCCAGCCGCGGACUGA